AACAAGGAAGAAAGGAAGCAGGGAGAGCAAAAGCUUUAAUUUGGGGAUUCAGGCUGACACUGUUUACAAAUUAAGAAAAACAACAGUCAGCUGUGAAAGCUGAUUUUUUGAAAUCCUCAUUUUGUCAUUUACUUAGUAAGAAACGCCUUUAUUUCCAUCUUUUUUUUCCUCUCUGAGAAGACGCACAACUGAAAGCAGCAACGAUGGCGCCCUCACUCCUCCAGGCCUUCAGGAGGCGCUGGUGGAUGGCGGUGACGGCGGUGAUUGAAAACCUGCUGUGUUCGGCCGUGCUGCUGGGAUGGGGCUCCCUGCUCAUCAUGCUGAAGAGGGAGGGCUUCUACUCCCACCUGUGUUCAGUGAAUGACUCGGUGGUUGUGUCUUUGGGCAACUCCACUGACGGGGAGGAGGAGGAGUGGCUCAGCUGCGUGGACCAGGAGGAGAUGCUGAAUCUGGGCUUCACCAUCGGUUCCUUCUUACUCAGCGCCACAACGCUGCCACUCGGUAUCCUGAUGGACAAGUUUGGUCCUCGUCCAAUUCGGCUGGUGGGCAGCUCAUGUUUCGGUCUGUCUUGUGUCAUGAUGGCUGGAUCUGCCUACGACCCUGACAAUCUGUCAGCGCUCAUCUUCUUGGCUCUUUCCCUGAAUGGCUUUGGAGGAAUCUGUCUGACCUUCACAUCCCUCACGCUCCCCAACAUGUUUGGUGCUCUGAGCUCCACCGUCUUGUCUCUGAUGAUCGGCUCCUACGCCUCCUCUGCUGUCACCUUCCCUGGAGUCAAGCUCAUCUACGAUGCAGGCGUCUCCUUCCAGGUGAUCAUGUGGGGCUGGGCCGGUCUCGCUGGGUUCGUCUUUUUCAACUGUUUUUUCAACUGGCCCAUCGAGGGCUUCCCAACGCCUGACGAGGUGGACUACAGUAAGAUCCUCACACUGCAAGAGCUGCCUGCAUCUGAGCAGAAAGGUGUUGUCGAGAGCCUGAGCCAGAAAAACGGAGACGUAAGACACUCUACAGAGAAACUUCCUGGUGGACCCGACGCUGCUCCCAAUGCUGUUCCCUUCCGUCGCUCUGUGUUCUCACCCAUCUUCCUGUGGAGUCUGAUUACUAUGGGGAUGUCUCAGCUGAGGAUCAUCUUCUUCAUGGGAGCGAUGAACAAGAUGCUGGAGUUCAUGGUCACCCAUGGUGAAGAGCACCCAUCUGAGCAGCUGGUGCUUGAGGCAGAAGAGCAAGUAAGUUUCUACUCCUCCAUCUUCGGCACCCUGCAGCUGCUGUGUCUGGUCACGUGUCCCCUGAUUGGCUACAUCAUGGACUGGAGGAUGAAAGAGUGUGAAGAGGAGAAGACUGUCCACACCGUCACAGAGAAGAGCUUGAAUGGACCCAAAAGAGACCGUAAGAUCCAGAAGGUGACCAACGCCAUGAGGGCCUUCAUCCUCACCAACCUGCUGCUGAUUGCUUUCGGAUGCUGCUGCCUCAUAGACAGCCUACCUCUACAGAUCUUGACCUUCAUCCUCCACACGAUGGUCCGAGGCUUCAUCCACUCCUGCUGUGGAGGCCUUUAUGCUGCUGUCUACCCGUCCAACCACUUUGGCACACUGACAGGCCUCCAGUCCAUGAUCAGCGCCGUGAUCGCUCUGCUGCAGCAGCCGCUCUUCAUCGCCAUGGUCGGACCGAUGCAUGGAGAUCCCUACUGGAUCAACCUCGGCCUGCUGAUCCUCUCACUGACUGGUUUCCUGUUGCCGGGUUACCUGUUCUACCACCGCAGUCAGCUGAGGAAGGAAAAGAAGGCCAGAGACCAGCGGGCCGGAGGUCAAGAGAUGCAGGCGCUCAACCACACUGAAGCCAACGGCUACAAACCUCACAGCAAUGGUCUCGCUGCCGUGGAGGCUUAGACCUCAGCAGGGCUCACCACUGGGGGAACUGUAGGAUUCAUUUUCAUGUGUGCCUUCAAAAUGAGCACCAGCAACCUACUCAUCCAGACAGUUUUGUUUUGAUGUCCAGUGCAUUAUUUAAUUUUUUUUUUUUUUUGGUCAUUGCUGGUGCCAGUUUUGCUCAUCACAAACCACAUCACAGAGCAAAUACGAUCUCCCCGUGUAUUGUCUGGACUCAAAGUCAGACUUUGAGUUUUUGGUGAUUUGGGGAGAAGAUGUGUCGUCAUCUUUUGUUGCUGUUUAUUUAUUUUGGUUUAUGUCAAAGAGCCAAAUUAGUGUCAUUUAAACAUAGACUGUACACAGUCUGUGGAUUUAAAGCCAUAGAUUUCACUCACAAGCACAUGCAAAGACAGACUGCGGACAUCACAAUCAGCUCGCUUACACCAAAGAACAGCUUGAAGAUUUUAGGAAAGCUACACUUUGUGUUCAGUAUUGUUUCAAAACCGUGCAUAAUGAACUUUAAGUAUAUUAAUUGUGCUAUUUCUACUGUAAUUCCCCAGUAAAAGCUAUAAAUAUAGAACCAUAGGACACUAUUAAAAGCACACUAGCUAUUAAAGUACACUUAAAGGAUGUGAACAUCUGAAUAUUGGAUUUCUGGUACGUAUGAAGGAGCUUUUGGGGCAUUUUCAGCCCGGCUUUUCCCACAAACACACGCACAGAUAGGCUGGUUGUAGAGACACCACAUCUACCUCCUGUUUCCUAAUUUUGUACUGUCUCUCUGCAACCGACUCCUACUGUAUGUCUGUCCGUCAUUGUUUUUGUCUUGCUUUGUUCAUUGACAUUAGGAAAUAUAAAUCAUUUAAAAUUGAAAAACCCCUUGUAUAAAAAAAAAUAUAAUCAGUCCAGAGUUUUCUCCUUGUGCUUUCAUAUUCUUCAGAGGUUCUUCAGCCUUUACAUUUCUGGAAUUUUUAUAUAUAGGAAAAACAUUUUUUAAGGUAAAUUUCACAAGGAAAAAUGUGACUGAUUUUGUUAAUUCAGACACACAGUGUGUGUCAGUGUUAUGGAACACUUUGUACUGCUUUAUGCACAGAAAUUAACUAGUGUGUGUAUAAAAUAUGUAUUUAAGUGUCUUUUUUUAUACUCUAGCCGCAGUAGCAUUAAAAAGGGAAGCAUUUGUUUCAGUAUCAGCAAAUGUUAUUUUGUAGUGGGCUUGUUAUAAAUGAAGCUCAGAUGAUUUUUUUUUGUGUAUUCUGCUUAUGCCUUUUGCCUUUUUUUGGUCAUGUAUGGAUUUAGGAGCAAACAAACGUUUUUUUUUUUUUGUAAAUAGAACUGAGGCGUGGUUUGUAUUUUAUUAUUAUGCUUGCUUUACUGUAAAUGGGUGUGUACAGUGUAUUACUGUUUUUUAACUGAAGGCUGAGGAGACACUGGCUGCAGUUAAACUUCUUUUUUAAAAACGUGAUUUCACAUUUCACACUAAAAAGACACAGCUAGCUGCAGCUGGUGAUCCCCGUGUUCCAGCCAGAUUCAGGUCAAAACAAGCAAAAUGUACAUUUCUUCCAAAGUGACAACAAAAUGUAUCACAUACAUGUUUGUUCUGCACACAGCAACAGCAUCAUGGAGAUUUGUGAAAGCUGUUGUAAUGUAUGUUUUUUAAAAAUAUUUUGACUCAAUCCAUUUCAGUGCCUGCUUUACAGCUUUUUAAUAGAUUUUGCCUUUCUUGUCUGAUGCAUUUAUUUCCUGUUUCCUAGUUUUUCUUCAUAUAUGAAGCGUGUUCCGCUCUUGAAUCUUUGCACUCUGGCUUUGAAAGAAAGAAAAAAAAUCUGUUUGAUUUCAACUAUGUGCCUUUGCUGCCAUCGUGGCUUUACUGCAAUACAAGUGAAUGUAAGAUGGACAUUUCUGCCAAACAUCUUUCUCUGUAAACCAAAGCCAUCUUUAGGGACUGUAAACAUAGUUGGUAGUACAGCACUUUUCCUCAGGACAGCACAGGAUCAAAAUGACAGAAAUAUCUUUACAUACCAAUACUAUGCAUUAGUCCAGCAGUAAAUACCAGCUUGGUUGUAAAUGUUUGCUUUUAUUCACCAUCACUGGUGUUGAUUCUGCUUGGUGAUCUUUUUGGAGGCUGUAUAUUACACUUGCUGAGUAUACAAGAGUGCAUUUCAUCAGAGUUUUUCCAGGCUGGCAUUUGCUUUACUUUGCUUCCUGUACCAGAAAUUCCAGCAGCGACCACCUGUUGCCUUAAAGUCCCUCAUAAAUAAGUGGCUGUCGAAAAAAAAUGGCAUUAAAAUGAAUGUGCCUCCUGUCUCUGUAAGUCUUGGUACUUGGGAUUUACAGUAGUUGCUGCCUGAAUUGUUUGUGUAUGAAGUUUAACCAACACCUCUUACAGUCUGUACAAGAAAUAACAUCCUUUGCUUCAUCUGCAUUUUAAAACUAUAUCAACUAGAGUGGUCUAUCUGCUUAUCGUUUUUUUAACAAUCGAGUUGAGGUGUUGGUAGAUCUUGGUAAUUGUUCACCUUUCUUUCCUGCUCUAAAUCAAUAUAUCCAGCAUGUGCAUUUGAUAAACAAAUAAAUGUAUAAAUACAAA